AUGAAUAAUGAUUUUGAUGACGUACUAACAAUGAAUCAAGGCAAAUUUGAUAUUGAAAAAGAUAUGAAUACAGCAUUUAUUAACUCACAACUUGGAAGAGAUGUUCAUCUAUGGAUUUACGAAAAAGAUCGGUUAACUAUAUGUGAACCACAUGAAACAUUCACUAAUUUUGGUAUGGCACUUAUUGGUAUACAUAAACAUAUAAAACAAAAAGUUGUAUUUCAUAAUCAAAUUGAUAAAGAAAGAAAUAUCCAAAUUAUAUGCAGUGCAACGACAGAACAAUCAAGUAAAAUGUUUUAUGUUCCAACUGAUGAAAUCGUUUUACGCUCAAAAGAAAUAAUGGAAAUUGACAUAGUAUUUUCUCCACCAAAUGAGAUUAAUACAUAUGAACUAGAUUAUGAUAUUAAAUUAGAUCAUAAUGUAAUUAAAAAAGGUUUUCAUGUUCCUGCGAAAGUAGUGCGUGUUGAUGUUGAAUUAUCUAGUAAUAUAAUUGAUUUUGGUUAUAUACCAUCUAACAGACAUGAACCGUUGGAAAAUCAAUUAAUUUAA